AGUUGGCGGAGUCUCCUUAGGGAACUGGGGGGCUGAACUGCGUAGAAGAGGGUGGCGGGGAGGAGAGCGCUAAGUGGGAAGCGGAACCUGGGGCCUGGGACCCGCCGCGGCAGAGCCAGGCUAGUGAACCGGAGCAAACGACUUCCGAUCCACUCCGCGCUGCAGCGGCACCCUUUUGGGAUUUGAUUUGCAGCAUCUUUGAGCUGGUACCACAAAAACACCCCGCGAAGCACGCCUAGCCCUCCCCUGGCACCCCGAGACAAACCCACUCCCUCCCGGGGACACAGCUGGGCGCGUCCACACCCCCGCAUCCCAUACACCAUGUUGUGCGGAAGGACUUCCACUCCCCGCCUGUGUCGUUGAUGUCAGACCCCAGGCCAGCCUCAGGGCGCUGCAGUUCUCCUGGCUAAUGCUGCGGCUGUGGCUAGGGCUUUAGUACAUAAGCCAGCCGCCGCCGCCGCCGCCGCCCCCCUCCCAGCCGGCCUCAGCGCCCACAGUCUGCAUGUGUGUGCGGUAGCCGGCUGCCCAUCCUGACGCCCGUGUUCCCCGGGAGCUCUGGAGACCACCGCGGGGGCUUCCUCUGCCCGUGGGAGAAGUGGCCUUGGAGGAAUUGAUUUCGGUGGUUGGAUUUUUCUUGUGGAUCUAUCAAUUCACAAUUCGAAUUUGGAAGAAAGAAGGAAAACAUGACGUCUCCAGCCAAAUUCAAAAAGGAUAAGGAGAUCAUCGCAGAGUACGAUACUCAGGUCAAAGAGAUCCGGGCACAGCUCACAGAGCAGAUGAAAUGCCUAGACCAGCAGUGUGAGCUCCGGGUGCAGCUGUUGCAGGACCUGCAAGACUUCUUCCGGAAGAAGGCUGAGAUUGAAAUGGACUACUCUCGAAACCUGGAGAAGCUAGCCGAGCGCUUUCUAGCCAAGACACGAAGCACCAAGGACCAGCAAUUUAAGAAGGACCAGAAUGUUCUCUCUCCAGUAAACUGCUGGAACCUCCUCUUAAACCAGGUGAAGCGGGAGAGCAGGGAUCAUACCACCCUGAGUGACAUCUACCUGAAUAAUAUAAUUCCUCGAUUUGUUCAAGUCAGUGAGGACUCAGGAAGACUCUUUAAAAAGAGUAAAGAAGUUGGCCAGCAGCUCCAAGAUGAUUUGAUGAAGGUCCUGAACGAGCUUUAUUCGGUCAUGAAAACAUAUCACAUGUACAAUGCCGACAGUAUCAGCGCUCAGAGCAAACUGAAGGAAGCAGAGAAGCAAGAAGAGAAGCAAAUUGGUAAAUCAGUGAAGCAAGAGGACCGGCAGACUCCCCGCUCCCCUGAUUCCACUGCCAAUGUCCGCAUUGAGGAGAAACAUGUCCGGAGGAGCUCAGUGAAGAAGAUUGAGAAGAUGAAGGAGAAGCGACAAGCCAAGUACACAGAGAAUAAGCUGAAGGCCAUUAAAGCCCGGAAUGAGUACUUACUGGCUUUGGAAGCAACCAAUGCAUCUGUCUUCAAGUACUACAUCCAUGACCUGUCCGAUAUUAUCGAUCAGUGUUGUGACCUAGGCUACCAUGCAAGCCUGAACCGGGCCCUGCGCACUUUCUUGUCUGCUGAAUUAAAUCUGGAACAAUCAAAACACGAGGGUCUGGAUGCUAUUGAAAACGCAGUAGAAAACCUAGACGCCACCAGUGACAAGCAGCGACUCAUGGAGAUGUAUAACAAUGUUUUCUGCCCCCCUAUGAAGUUUGAAUUCCAGCCCCACAUGGGAGAUAUGGCCUCUCAGCUCUGUGCCCAGCAGCCUGUCCAGAGUGAGCUGGUGCAGAGAUGCCAACAACUGCAGUCUCGCUUAUCCACUUUGAAGAUUGAGAACGAAGAGGUGAAGAAGACAAUGGAGGCUACCCUGCAGACCAUUCAAGACAUUGUGACUGUUGAGGAUUUCGACGUGUCUGACUGCUUCCAGUACAGCAAUUCUAUGGAGUCUGUCAAAUCAACAGUCUCAGAAACUUUCAUGAGCAAGCCCAGCAUUGCUAAGAGGAGAGCCAACCAGCAAGAGACAGAGCAGUUUUAUUUUACGAAAAUGAAGGAGUACUUGGAGGGUAGGAACCUAAUCACCAAGUUACAAGCCAAGCAUGACCUCCUGCAGAAAACCCUGGGAGAAAGUCAGCGGACAGAUUGUAGCCUUGCCAGGCGUAGCUCGACCGUGAGGAAACAGGAUUCCAGCCAGGCGAUUCCCCUGGUGGUAGAAAGCUGCAUCCGGUUUAUUAGCAGACAUGGCCUACAACAUGAGGGGAUUUUCCGGGUGUCUGGGUCACAAGUGGAAGUGAAUGACAUAAAAAACGCCUUUGAGAGAGGAGAGGACCCUCUGGCUGGGGACCAGAAUGACCAUGACAUGGACUCCAUAGCUGGUGUCCUCAAGCUUUACUUCCGGGGGCUGGAACACCCGCUCUUCCCCAAGGACAUCUUCCAUGACUUGAUUGGCUGUGUCACAAUGGACAACCUGCAAGAGAGAGCUGUGCAUAUCCGGAAAGUCCUCCUGGUCCUGCCCAAACCCACUCUGAUUAUCAUGAGAUACCUCUUUGCCUUCCUCAGUCACUUAUCACAGUUCAGUGAAGAGAACAUGAUGGACCCCUACAACCUUGCCAUCUGCUUCGGGCCCUCACUGAUGUCAGUGCCAGAGGGCCAUGACCAGGUGUCCUGUCAAGCCCACGUGAAUGAACUGAUUAAAACCAUCAUCAUCCAACAUGAGAACAUCUUCCCAAAUCCCAGGGAGCUGGAGGGCCCCAUCUACAGCAGAGGAGGAAGCAUGGAGGAUUACUGUGACAGCACUCAUGGAGAGACUACCUCUGCUGAAGACUGCGCCCAGGAUGUGACAACAGAGCACCACACGAGUGAUGACGAAUGUGAGCCCAUUGAGGCCAUUGCCAAGUUUGACUACGUAGGACGGACAGCCCGGGAGCUGUCCUUCAAGAAGGGAGCAUCCCUGCUGCUUUACCAGCGAGCUUCUGAGGACUGGUGGGAAGGCCGGCACAAUGGUAUAGACGGACUCAUCCCCCAUCAGUACAUCGUAGUCCAGGACACCGAGGACGGUGUCGUGGAGAGGUCCAGCCCCAAGUCUGAGAUUGAGGUCAUGUCUGAGCCACCUGAAGAAAAGGUGACAGCCAGAACGGGGGCCAGCUGUCCCAGUGGGGGUCAUGUAGCUGAUAUUUAUCUUGCAAACAUCAACAAGCAAAGGAAGCGUCCAGAAUCUGGGAGCAUCAGAAAAGCAUUUCGGAGUGACAGCCAUGGGCUGGGCAGUUCUCUGACUGACUCCUCCUCCCAGGGGGUGGGGGCUAGCUGCCGUCCAUCCUCUCAGCCCAUCAUGAGCCAGAAUCUCCCCAAGGAAGGGCCAGAUAAGUGUUCCAUCAGUGGCCAUGGGAGCCUCAACUCAAUCAGCCGCCACUCGUCCCUGAAGAACCGGCUGGACAGUCCACAGAUCCGGAAGACCACCACUGCAGGAAGGUCAAAAAGCUUCAAUAACCAUCGGCCCAUGGACCCUGAAGUCAUUGCACAGGAUAUUGAAGCAACAAUGAACUCUGCCUUGAAUGAGCUUCGAGAGCUGGAGCGGCAGAGCAGUGUUAAGCACACCCCUGAUGUGGUUCUGGACACCUUGGAGCCCCUCAAGACCUCCCCAGUGGUAGCCCCCACAUCGGAGCCCUCCAGCCCCCUGCACACCCAGCUCCUCAAGGACCCUGAGCCUGCCUUCCAGCGCAGCGCCAGUACUGCUGGGGACAUGGCCUGCGCCUUCCGGCCCGUCAAAUCUGUCAAGAUGGCUGCCCCGCUCAAACCACCCGCCACACGGCCCAAGCCAACUGUCUUCCCCAAAACAAAUGCCACUAGCCCUGGUGUCAAUUCAUCAGCUUCCCCACAGGCCACCGACAAGUCUUGUACUGUCUAGGGGGUAUAACUUAAUUGUGUUAGACAAGGAGACUGAUGGUUAUUAAAAUCUUCCUAUUUAACUAGCUUGGAGACUUCAGUUGAAAAUAGAUUCUAAGUUGUUCUUACAGGAGUUAGCCUUCCCGUUAUCCAGACCUUGAGAAUGAAGCCCUUGUUACUGCUUUUCCCUUCCUGGCCCUUCCCUCCACUCUUCGCUCCCCUCUGUUGUAAUCCAGCCAGCUACAGUACAUAUUGUUCUUAGGUUAGCCAGAGACAAGUUUUCCAUGGUCGGGUUGCUAUGGUAUCUGCCAAGGCAAGACAUGGGAACAUGGGCCUAUGUCUCUGUCCCUUCAUACCAUAGAGGAUACCUUGAGCAGACGGUUGGCUGCGGCCACCUAGCUCUCAGUGGCAUCUUGUUUUGAGUACUAAUUUAAAAAAUCAUAUAUAGCCCAGUUUUCAUUUUCUAUAAAUAUAUAUAUUCGUGCGCAUGCGCACUCAUGCACACACAGGUUUUUCUGCUCUCUGGUGUAGCCUCUUCUGGUCAGGGACCACUCUUAGUUGUUGGGGCAGUUCACACAGAAGCCACCAGGAGUCUCUGUUCUCAUCACAAACUUCGUUCUGUUUGGAUCAGAGAAACCUGGCCUUCGAAAUCUCUCUGUCCUAGAAAUUGAGCAGAGUGGGACGGUCCUGUGCUCUGAUGUGGGGGUGGGGAUUGUCUUCUUCCUCUUGCUGUGAGUUGGUCACUGCUGUUUGCAUUUGCUCCGCUCCAUCCCGUAGAAGUACAUCUCAAUCUUAUUAAGCUUUUAAAGUUUUUCUGAACAUAGAGACUUUUCUUCAGUUCCUGUCUUUGUCUCUGACACAUCAUUUUCCAUUUAAGACAUUUUCCAAUAUAAGACAGUUUUAUAGCUAGUUCCUUUUAGAGUAAAAAGUCUUAAAGUUUUAUUAUGUUUAUGGCAGGUUUGAAAGGGGUAGGGAAUGGGUCCUUCUUCCUUCCAACUUUUUUGGCAUUUAACAUUUUUUUUUUUUUUUCGAGACAGGGUUUCUCUGUGUAGCUUUGCGCCUUUCCUGGGACUCACUUGGUAGCCCAGGCUGGCCUCGAACUCACAGAGAUCCGCCUGGCUCUGCCUCCCGAGUGCUGGGAUUAAAGGCGUGCGCCACCACCGCCCGGCGGCAUUUAACAUUUUUAAAGUUCACUAUUCUAUUUAAAAAAAUUUAAGUUGCUCUCUGAUAAUCCAAAAAUUGUCCCCAGAUUAAAACUAUUUCAGGUUUACCCCUUGGCUUAGUUUUUUAUAAGACUCUCUCUGGAGGUGGGCAGGGGCUCGGAAAGCACUCGUUCAGUUCUAGAGACCCUGCCUUUGGAGACCAUUUUUUUGUUUAUCCAAACAAGGUCAACUAAGGAAACUUUGACCCCUAUAAACUCAAAAUUAUUUUCCCAAAGGCAGAAGAAUCUUUAAAAGUAAAGAAUUGAAUGCUUUCAUAUUGGGGCCUGCCCUUGGCCUGCUUCAGAUGUGCUUCCAGGGAAUUCUCUAGCCAGCCUGCAAGCCUGGGGCUUGAACACCCACUCCUCUCCAUCCUGCUACCCAAGAGCGCCAGAGCUCGGAAGUCGUGGUUCAGGCUCACGCGUUUCAGCAGCUCCGUGAAGCUCAGGCUCAUUCCUCCUCUCUGGCCUCUGGUUUGAAAGCUGUGCUUUUAUUUAACUUGAUUGCUUUUCUGUAGUUCAAGAGAGACAGUGGGUUGCCAUUCAGGUUGGAAAAUCUGAAUGUUCUUAGCUUCGGGCUAGAAGAGGUCCUUUUGGACCAAUGGUUGGAUCUUUAGAAAGUGGCGGCUGUUUCUCUGUGUGUGAAGGGAAUGGGGAGCUGGAAGGAGUCUCUGAAGAGAAGAGUACCUUGCGGCACCAGGGAGACUAGAGAAGUGAGUGAGUCAUGCAGGGGACAACCCUGGUCCUCGGGCCGCCUGGUUUCUUUCUGCUCUUUUUCCUGACCUGUCAUCUUGACCUGGGCUUGUACUGCUCCUGAGCCAAGGGGGGGCUUUCAGACUCAAGGAUCUCUUUCCUUGCUGAAAUGAUCCCCCGUCCUUACAUUCCUCUUAAUCUAAGUGAUAGAAGUUUCCAACCUGCCCUUUUUCCUCUCUCCAGGACACUACCCUCUAAGAAGGUAAAAACGAAGCUUCUUGAAGACCACACUUUGGGUCUGUUCUCUGUUCUUGCCUUCUCUUUUAGCCCUGUACAUUAUUUGUGUUUGUCAUCCCCUUGGUCGAUGUCCAUCUGCUGACUUGCAUAACGAACUGGACGGUGUACAAGUGGUUCCCUACUAACCCCAGCUCUGGGAGCCUCGCUGUCUUCCUUAUCUCUGGUGCUUCUGACGCCUCUGAGAUGGUCCUGUUAAAAGGAGUAGGAACCAAUAGGAGGAGAGUCCUCCUCGGCAGAGCUCACUUCAACUGGAAUUGAGGUUGCACACUGUGAUUUUACACCCAAAAGCCAAAAGGAGCCAGCCACCCCAGGCCCUGGGCAACUAGCCUCCCUCAGAUAGGCUUGCCCGAAACCAGCAUGAUGCUUCCAAGAGCCCUGCUCUGCCCCUCGUGGCAUGGAUCCUUUCCCUGGUGUGGACUCAGUCUUUGGGGAAGAAAAGUGGUGUGGGGCUACCAGCAUCCCAGUUUGGAACGUAGAGGAGUUUGCCACCAGCAGCUUAUAAACUGGAAAUGCUGGUCUCAGCCAGCCUCCUCAGGCCACCCUUGUUUGUCCCCAAGGAGAUGAGAAAUCCCUCCAGCAUCAGGAUGAACAGACCACUGGAAGGGCUGGUGUGCAUGGACUUCCGUUCAGAAGAGAACUUAGAUCUUCCAGGGAACUGCAAUGUUGUGGCGUCUGAUUUUUAUGUCACAUUUGUGUAAAAUGGUAUGUUCUUUAAAACGGUGUUGAUAACUGGAAUAUUGUAUGUAUGCUUGAAGAUGCUUUGUGUGAACCUAAGACUCACUCAGCCGAUGUUGGAUUGGGGAGAAUCCAAAGCACAACUUCAAAAUAAAACACAUUUUUAGGUUUCA